AUGGCGAAAAGGAGAGAUAAAGAUGUAAAUUGGAGCCCAGAAGCUGAGGAACAACUGCUUAGAUGUCUAGGUGAGUUCAAUUUAUUGAACUCUGUCGGUACCACCCCUCACCGAGAUAAAUACACACAAUGGGCGGCGGAGCUAAGUGAGCAUUUUACCGUUCCCCUAACUUGGGACAAAGUCAAACAAAAAGCUAGUAGACUGAAGAAAACGUUUGAUGCUGAGUUUCUACUUCGCACUGCCACUGCACUUGGAUGGGAUCCGAUUGAAAAGAAACCCACUUGCACUAACGAGUAUUGGCAACAAUUUAUCAGUAUCCAUCUCGAGGUUGAAAGGGCGAGGAAGAAGCCCUUGUUGGAUUACGAUCUAUAUUAUUGUGCGUUUGCCAAUACUCGGGCAAAUGGGGCCUUUGAGUAUGGUCAAGAUGAUGAGCAACCACAACAUAGGUCCGGCAGCCCCACUGAUCGAGGAACAACCAGUUUCAAUGAUGGUGACGAUGUUCAUCCUACAGAUAGAAGACAUGGCAUGCACAGAGAAAGCCGCGGACAACAUGCACACUCACCAUCGCGAGUAGUACAUAGACGGUCAAGCCGUAGCUCUUGUAGAGCUUGGCCUAGCUAUAUAGAGCGUGUCGUGGAUCGCCUCGUUAAUUCGAUAGAAACAAGCAGUCGGUCGCGCGGUAUAAGUGCAUCUGCGAACAUGUCGGCUUAA